AUGAGAUUUUUUAUUUUGUUGAUUGCAGUUUAUUUUUAGAUUUAGCAAGCCUAAGCAAGCAAAAAAUAGAUUAAAAGUUUAGUUAUAUUUUUUAGGCAUGGCAGCAGAACGACUAAUCAUAAACAUUACUAUAAUAAUGAACUUUGGUAAGGCUACUAGCGAGGUGAUUUGACUAAAAAAGGUCAUACUGAACUACAUGGAUUAGGAUAAACUUUUAGAGAGAUUUAUGGUUAAUUCUUGCAAAUAAAUCAAGAAGUUAAUGAAUAACAUAAUGAAGAGACUUUAUCUUAACAUGAUAAUUUAUCUUAAGAACAUGUUAGAGUAAAGCAUUCUCACAUUGAAAGAACUAGGUCUUCUCUGAUGUCAUUUUUGCUAGGAGCAUUUCCAAAUUGGUUCCAUCCAGAUGCAUCUCCUCACAACGAGCAUUUAAAUAAGCCAAUUAGAAAUUUAAAAACAACAAAUAAUAAAGAUAAGCUCAAGAAAGAUUACACUUUCUUACUAGGUGAGGAACAAUGUCCUCUUAUUAAAAAAAUUAGAAAUAAAGUAUUCUAAUCUAAGCCAAUGAAUUUCAUGCAAGAUAUAAUAACCUAAUCUUACGAAUACUAAAAGAUUAGAGCAAAAAUAAGAGAAGUAGAAGGCUUUAAAAUGAUUCAAGGCCAUGGAUACGAAGAUUUAGCAGAUAUUUAUGAUAUUUACAUGUGCCAUAAAAGUGAGGGGUUGCCUAUUCCUAAUUUUGAUAAAUCCGACAUUUCUUUUAUCCAAAUGGGAACACAAUUUUUUAUUGAUGAAAUUUAUUUUGGACAUAGAAGUUUAGUUAAGCUUGCAAGCUAAAAAUUCUUUCAUGAUCUAUUAAGAAUUAUUGAAAGUAAAAAUCCAAAGAAGCUACACAUAUUUUCUGGGCAUGAAGUGAACAUCAUUUCCUUAUUCAUGAAUAUGCUAACAAGAGAUGAAUAAAAUACUAUGUUAGGCAGAUCAUUUCAUACAAAAUUACUUCCAUUUGCAGCUCAUGUUAUAAUUGAAUUUUUAAAUAACGGAAAUAUAAAAUUUUUGUAUGACUUUAAACCUUUGAAAAUAAAACUAUGCUAAUAUUAAGAGGAAUGCGAUGGUAAGUUAUUUAAAACUUUUCUUAAAACGAGGAUACUCCCAAAUGCUAGAUAGCUUUGCUUUUACCAUCAUAAGCACAUCUUAGAGAGAGAAGAAGAAAUUAAAAAUUUAUAAAAAUAAAUGCUUCAAGCUCCACAAGAAGAUGAAGAAAUCGAAGAAUAAAUAUGA